CCGAAAUCUUUUAUCCCAGCGACCGCUCUGAAAACUCCCUCAGACUUAUAUCUCUUUCCGAAAGUGGCGUGCUACUCAGAGAUGGACGUAACCACCAGUUGCAGAUUAAUUGGCGCCUGACAAAGGCCUAGCAAACCCCAACGCCUUUUUAACAGCUUUCCUGACUUGUUCCUGCUCUUUUAAAUUCUUUAAAUUAAUUUAGAUUGCCUGUCGAACCUGAACAGUACGUAAUCAUUUGGUCAUUCGAGUAUAUGCUAGCUGUCUUCGGAACGACCCAUUCGAUUCCAUUUCCUUACUCAAUCCCUGUAGCGUCCGUUCAAUCUUCUCUAUAAAUGAUGGUUUCUACUUCCAGCAACCUGUUAGCAUCUUCCAGGUCAUUUAUACUUGUUGCUUAUACUGUUCCCUUAUCCUAAACUUUACAGCUGUGUUCCCUUAGCCCUUGUACUAUCAUCUAAUUCUGGACAGUUUUUACUUCUCUAUUUUAUGCCAUAUUCUAAUAAAGCUCUUACUGAAUCUCCUUUGUUCCAGGAGAACAACACCAAUUUUUCCAAACUAACCUUGCAGCUAAUGUCCCUCAUCUAUGCUGUCACUUCUGGAUCACCUCAUCCCCUCUGUUGCCUGCCAUUUCCCGCCCAAACUCUCUGCAGGGGUGAUUUUGAGCAGACCUAAUUAUUCUUAGGAUAUAGUUUGUCUUUUGAACUUUCACCAUGGCAUCUAAGAAAAGUGCAGCAAAACGAUCACGUUAAAUUGAACAAAGAUGUCCUCACUGUGUCAUCGCAUUUGUUACCGAUGGACUUCAUUGAGAAUUACUGGUCUAGUUUGGUCUUCAAGGCAAGAAAUAAAGGUGUUGCCUACAGCUUCCUACGGCAUUCAGACUCGCUUUGGUUUAGAUGCACGUCAAUGCCUCUUGACGCAAAAACCCUGGAUGUUGAAAAGUUCUAAAUCGAGUUCCUCAGCAUCAAACUUGCCACCAAGUAAAGAAGAUGGCACUGGACAGUUUACAGAAAGCAGUAUUAUGCAAAACACAGAUGAUAACCAUGGCAAAUCAGAAGUGCCUAGUCUGGUGAAAGAUAUACAAACUGUAGAAUUAGAUGUUGCUCCACCUCAUUCUCCAUUUGAUGAAAUAUCUGAAGAAGCAGCUUUGCAAACUGAGACAAGUCCUUCGUUCCCUCCUAUCUCAUUUACCUUGCGUGACUAUGUUGACCAGUCAGAGACCCUAACCAAGCUGGUGCUUCUAGGUGUAGAUCUGUCUAAACUAGAAAGGCGACCAAAUGUGGCCAAUAUGCUGCUACGACUAGAUUUUAACAGAGAUGUAAAAGAGAGACUUCUGUUCCUAAAAGACGUAGGAGUAGAUGAUCAUCUGCUUGGAGCAUUCCUCACAAGAAACCCCUUCAUUUUGACUGAGGAUAUGGAGAAUCUACAAAUGAGAAUACAGUACCUGCAAUCAAAGAAAUUCAGCAAAGAAGCCAUUUCAAGUAUGGUGUCAGGAGCCCCUUAUUUGUUAAACUUCAGUGUGGAAAGACUGGACAAUAGGCUGGCAUUCUACCAGAGAGAACUGAGGUUAAAUGUGCAAAAGACUCGUGAUCUGGUCACCCGUCUUCCCAAAUUGUUGACUGGCAGCUUGGAACCCAUCAAAGAAAAUCUCAAAGUUUGUCGGAUUGAAUUGGGAUUUCGUGAUAAUGAAAUCCAGCACAUGGUAAUCAGCGUCCCCAAACUCCUCCUGGCUAGUAAGAAAAAAGUGACCAGGACGUUUGACUACUUGCACAACACCAUGGGAAUCCCCCAUCACCUGAUUACAAAAUUUCCUCAGGUUUUUAAUGCAAAGUUUCUGAGAAUAAAAGACAGACAUCUGUUUCUUGAACACUUGGGACGAGCGCAAUAUGAUCCAACUCAGCCUAACUACAUCUCACUGGAUAAUUUAGUUGCAACACCUGAUGAAGUAUUCUGUGUAAAGAUAGCAAAAGGCACACUGCUGGAUUUUGAGGCAUUCCAAAAGACACUUUAAAUUCUCUUAAAUGGUUUCAAUAUGUGCCGACUUACAAAAGGAAUAAAUAAAUUUAGGGUCAUGACUAUUUUCUCAGUUUAUAUAGUUAUUCGAUAUAUAAUUUCCAGACUGGUGGUUUGCUUAGUUGCAACGAUAUAACUAUCUGAUAAUGAAUCCAAAGAAAAGUUGUAACAUUUCUCUAAAUGUGAUUGUAGAUUUUGCGUGUGGUUCAAUGUUCUGAAUCAAUCCUCGCUGGGAAAUGGAUUUAACCUUUUGUAAAAAUAAUUUCUGUGGUCACUGCUUGCCAGAAAUCUGCCACCUUUAUCCUUUAUUAUGAGCAGGAUUGAUUCCAGGGCUAAGGGGUGAAUACGCUACAGAUUUGGUAAGAAUAUUUUAAUGGUAACUGGACUAAGAAUUUCUCCUAAAAAACUACAUGAAGUCUUUUAAGAGCCAUCAUGUUAAGAUGCAAGCAGACAUUCAUAUUUGUGAAACAAUGCAGUUGUUUGAUUCUGAGCAAUGUUGAAUUUAGAUGAACUGUAACAAGCAAUGUUCUAAAUCAGUUCUGUAUUUGUGGCUUACAAUUGCUAGAAGUGCCCCUAUCAGGAUUGUACAUAGAUCAAGACAGUAUUUCAUGAGCCAAUUUUAAUUUGUGAAAAUUUGAACAUGUUUACUCAUGAAUGAAUAAUGAGAUAUAUUUUAAUUAAGCAAUUUAUGUUAUCAUCUCUGUUGACCCCUCCACUGCUUCUGAUUUGUCACCUUUUAUUUCCAAUGUGGAGUGCACAGAAAAUUGCCCAGUUAUGUUAUGGAGACUGAAACAAUUGUUUUUGGGUUUGGUGGCAUCUAUGGGGGAGAAAGUUGAUAUUUUGCGUCAGUGACCUUUCAUCAGAACACAGACAUGAAAUAUCAACUCUGUUUUUCUCUCCACAGAUGCUGCCAGACCUGGUAUAUACAGCCAGCACUUUCUGUUUGUCUGUCAGGUCUUCAACAUCCAUAAUAUUUUGCUCAUCUUUCAUCUGUCUUUGAGACACAGCUACAAAUUUCAUCACUACUGAUUCCAUUCCUCUGCUUGGUCACUGUUUAGAAAGUGAAUUAAAUUGUUCACCUGUAGCCUGA